AUAGCCUGUUCCACCUGUGGUUGAUCGCUCCUUAGGUCAAGCUUGCCAGAGAUUCGGGCUCUGACGGGCACAGCGUUAGUUCGCGGGAUUCUGUGGCCCCUUCUCCCAUACCAGGUGCUGACGGCCUCUCUGCUGACCCUGUUGUAUCACCACCCACAUCGGUGCCUUUCAAAUCAGGGGAGCCGGCCCUUCGUAUCAAAUCUAACUCCCUCAGUGAACAGCUUACAGUAAAUACAAAUCCUGAUACAGUCAAAGCCAAGUUGAUCUCUCGGAUGGCUAAAAUGGGCCAGCCCAUGCUGCCCAUCCUUCCACCACAGCUGGAUUCCAAUGAUUCAGAAAUCGAGGAUGUGAACGCUCCGCGAGGAGCUGCACAGCCCGUGGCAACUCCAUCCCUGCAGCCUGCUCUUCAGCCGGCGCACCCCACGUUACCGCCGAUGACCGCACAAGCACCUCAGCCAUCUGUCUCUGGCCUCCAAGCGCCCUCUGCGGCCUUAAUGCAAGUUGCCUCUCUCGACUCGCACUCCGCUGUGUCUGGAAACGCCCAGUCCUUUCAGCCCUAUGCAGGUAUGCAAGCCUACGCUUAUCCCCACACGUCAGCUGUCACCUCCCAGCUGCAGCCUGCCCGGCCCCUGUACCCUGCUCCGCUCUCUCAGUCUCCCCAUUUUCAAGGAUCCGGUGACAUGGCUUCAUUUCUCAUGACUGAAGCCCGGCAGCAUAACACUGAAAUUCGAAUGGCAGUCAGCAAAGUGGCUGAUAAAAUGGAUCAUCUCAUGACAAAGGUUGAAGAGUUACAGAAGCACAGUGCUGGCAAUUCCCUGCUGCCUCCCAGCAUGGCGCUUACGAUGGAGACAAGCAUGAUUAUGAGCAAUAUCCAGCGUAUUAUUCAGGAAAAUGAAAGAUUGAAGCAAGAUAUCCUUGAAAAGAGCAGUCGGAUAGAAGAACAGAAUGACAAGAUUAGUGAACUAAUUGAACGAAAUCAGAGGUAUGUUGAGCAGAGUAACCUGAUGAUGGAGAAGAGGAACAACUCACUUCAAACAGCCACAGAAAACACACAGGCAAGAGUAUUGCAUGCUGAACAAGAGAAGGCCAAGGUGACAGAAGAGUUAGCAGCCGCCACCGCUCAAGUCUCUCGUCUGCAGCUGAAAGUGACUGGUCACCAAAAGAAAGAAACGGAGCUGCAGAUGGAGCUGACCGAAAGCUUGAAGGAGACAGACCUCCUUAGGGGCCAGCUUGCCAAACUGCAGGCAGAGCUUUCAGAGCUCCAGGAAACCUCAGAGCAAGCACAGUCCAAAUUCAAAAGUGAAAAGCAAAGCCGGAGACAACUGGAGCUCAAGGUCACAUCCCUGGAGGAGGAGCUGGCUGAUCUUCGAGCUGAGAAGGAAUCUCUGGAAAAGAACCUCUCUGAAAGGAAAAAGAAGUCCGCUCAAGAGCGCUGUCAGGCUGAGGAGGAGAUCGACGAAAUCCGCAAGUCCUACCAGGAGGAAUUGGACAAGCUUCGGCAGCUCUUGAAAAAGGCUCGGAUGUCCACAGACCAAGCAGCUGCAGAGCAGCUGUCUCUGGUGCAGGCUGAGCUGCAGACCCAGUGGGAAGCGAAGUGUGAAGAGCUGCUGGCCUCUGCCAAGGACGAGCACCGGCAGCAGUACCAGGAAGUGUGCGCGCAGAGAGAUGCCAGCCGGCAGAAGCUGCUCCACCUUCAGGAAAAGUGUCUGGCCCUCCAGGCCCAAGUCACAGCCCUGACAGAGCAAAAUGAACAGCACGCCAAGGACCUGGAGACCAAGCCCCACAUGUCUGGAGUUGCGGCCGCUGCCACUGACCCCUCAGAGAAGGUCAAGAAGAUCAUGAACCAGGUGUUCCAGUCGUUGCGGGGAGAGUUUGAGCUGGAGGAAUCCUACAGCGGCAGGGCCGUUCUGGGGACCAUCAUGAACACCAUCAAGAUGGUGACUCUUGAGCUGUUAAACCAGCACGAGCAAGACAAGGGACAGAGCAGCAAUGAAGAGGAGGAGGAGGAGGAAGAGCAGCCCCAGAGACCUUCCCGGGAGCACUCGGUCUCAGCCAGUUCUCCAGCGCCCCUGAGUAGGGAGUCACAGGAGUCCCCUCUGGUGUCGUCAGAGCAGGCAGUCCAGGAGGCUGUCCCCCUGCCUCCCCAGGCCCUCCCUGCCCCCCAGGAUGAAGUACAGGGAAGGGAAGGGGAGCCUGAAGAAGCAGAGGUGCUCUCAGAGAGAAAAGGUGAUUCCCCCCCACCCGAACUGGCUUGUAUCCCCUCCCAGAGACCUCUGGGGCCCCCAACUUCAAUUCCCCCGAAGCCUCCGGGCCCUGUGCUUGUGGACUCCGAGUGUGAGGAGACACUUGCUGCCAACCCACUGGAAAAUGCCUGCGUUGGGGAGCCAGAAAGCUCCACGAGACUAUCCCUGACUUCACAUUCCAUGGAAGAGGACCCACUAGCCUUGGGGCCUGAGAGUCCAGGAGAGGAGCCUCAGCCUCCAGAGCUCAAGAAGGAUGAGGAUGUCGCUAAGUCCACUGCUCCCUCUGAGGAGCUGGAAAACACAGAGUCAGGUUCACCAGCUGUCGGAGCAGCAAGUGGACCCAACCACUGUUCUCAGCAUGCCAGAGUCUCAGGGGAUGAAGAAGAUGAACUAUUUAAAGGGGCAACUCUGAAAGUUUCAAGACCCAAAGCACAGCCUGAGGAGGAAGAUGAAGAUGAGGUGAGCAUGAAGGGACGGCCGCCCCCAACACCCCUUUUUGGAGAUGACGACGAUGACGAUGACAUUGACUGGCUGGGAUGAAGACCCGGGAAACUGGUGCAAAGGUUUCUCUACCGACCCUUCCCUAAGCAUGAUUUUGCACAGCCAGCCCUGUGUCUAGACAAGCCACAGGGUGAGGUGAAGGUGAGCAUUCUGAGGACGGCAGUGCACAUACCUGAGUUAGCCAACUUCUGAGCUCCCCGCCCGGCUGGUCCGAGAGGAGUGGGAGCCUGUCUUCACAAUGUCGGGGUCCUGCCUCAGAGUCCCCUUGGGAGGAAGGGCUGGUGGGCUGCCUGCAGCCAGUCACCUACAAGAAUCCUGCCCUCCUCCAAGCUUUUUAUUCUCUUCACUAACUCAGACUGGUCUGCCUCCUGAUGCUCAGUUGUGUACCAGCCGCGGGAACUGUCGUCUCGGGGGAGGUCUGCCUGGAGGAACCUAGGGUGGACCGCACUGUCUAAACCCGGGUUCAGUUGACAGCCUUGCCUGCAGUCCUGGGACAUGUAUCUUUUCUCUGCCUUAAUUCUGAUACAAGAGGUCAAUGAAUAUUUGAAAUUAACAAAACUAAAAUAAAUGUCUGCAAUGAAACUUGCCUCAAGCUCUUGGGGAGAAAUCGAA